UCACGGCAGGCGGACCGCGUCAAAAUACCAAGGUGGUCUACCCCAGGCCUAGGCAAGUAUAAAAGGUUGCCCACGUAUUGUAGCUUGGUUCACCUUUGUCACUCGCAGUCAUGGAAGAACCAGGAGUUAGACAAAGAAAGAAAGCAGCUACUGGGUCGUCGCAUGGUCACGAAACGGGCAGUGAUGCCAAGUCCGGCUCAGCAUUUCCGAAAGUAUAUGUGUUAUUAGCCGCUGUGUUGGUUUUGGCACUUUACAAUUUUCUAGCUCUAGUAAAGAGACCGCUCAAUCAGUUCCUCGGUGCACCUACCAGACAUCUACCAGGAGUUCGAACAAAUUAUGUCCCCACCUUCACGGUGGACGAAGCAAAACAAGACGCAGUGGUAGAGGCCUUUAAAGUAAGAAAACUAGAAAGAGAUGCUAUGGGUGACGACGAGUACCACCCAAUCUCACACGCUGGCUCAAACUUAACUAAAGCAGGGGGUAUUGGUAUACCGGCAUGGGUGGCAGACAAGCUCUCAUUUGAACGGGAUGGCAAUUUGAACACCUUCGAGACAACAAUUAGAGUCCUGGGAGGCUUACUGUCUGCAUACCAUUUGUCUGGGGAAGACCCUGUGUUUCUCGAGAAGGCCGAGGAACUCGGUAGCCGCAUUCUACCCGCUUUUGAGACAGAGUCUGGUCUUCCAUUAUCACUAAUCAAUCUGGCGCUUCGAGAAGGCGUGCCAGAUAAAGAUAAUAGUGGGUUUAUCAGUACUGCCGAGGCUUCAACAUUACAACUCGAAUUCCGCUAUCUGGCGUACCUUACCGACGAGGAUACCUAUUGGGAGAAGCCUGAAAAGGUAAUGGCCGUCCUGAGGGCAAGCGAAACGCCAAGCGGGCUAGCCUCCAUCUUUGUUGACUCGAAAAUGGGUCGCUACCAAACUUCGUCGAUUCGACUCGGAUCUCGCGGGGAUUCUUACUAUGAAUAUCUACUCAUAAACCAAACAGAGCUUGUAUAUCGCGAGAUGUACGACACAGCGAUGACAGGUAUCCACACACACCUGGUACAGCGGGGGCUUUCCGGCCAGCUUCUCUAUACCGCUGAGCUUAACCCGCAGCGAACCCAAAAUGGGGAAAUCGGAUGGCGUUUGGUCCCCAAGCAAGACCAUCUCGUGUGCUUCCUUGGCGGUUCCCUUAUGCUCGGUGCCACAACGUCCGGUGCCCUUGUUCACAAUGUCUCGAUUCCACCGCGAACCGACGAACUCACCGAACAAGGCGAACGUGAUUGGCUUACAGGAGUAGAACUCAUUAACACCUGUAUGGCCACACAUGACACCCAAACCGGCCUGGCGCCUGAAAUUGCGCACUUCCGUAUUCUGGGCGAUGGGGUGGAUAAUUCAGUGGCUCCUGCGGACUGGUACAUCAAAGGCGCGCGCCCAAACGCCCCUCCUCCCUUUGAUGCCCGGUACAUCCUCCGCCCGGAAACUGUCGAAUCCAUCUUCAUUGCCUUCAGGCUCACCGGUGAUCCCAAGUAUCGCGAUUACGGCUGGGCGAUAUUUCAGGCCAUCGAAAAGCAUUGCCGCAUCCCAACAGGCGGGUACGCGAGCGUGAUAAAUGUGGAUCAAGUUCCUGUGGAGUAUGACGAUAAAAUGGAGACUUUCUUGAUGAGCGAAACAUUAAAGUAUCUGUAUCUACUCUUUGCGGAUUCAAGUGUGCUUCCUCUAAAUGAAUAUGUCUUCAACACGGAGGGGCAUCCUUUGCCCGUAUUUAAUCCAACUAUACGCACCGGCUUUUCGUAAUUGUUCGCGCUGUGCUAUCGUCAGAUUGUCUGAGUUUAAUAUUAUUGGCCGACUGGUGUAUCUAGCUGCUUGCAGUCGCAUCGACACAUACUUGGGCAAUUUCGGCUACACCAUUUGUAGCAGUUGCACCACCAACAACACCGGCGCACUCGAAACACCGGCGGUAUCCAACACCAAUCAAUAUAUUAAUUGUCAAAGUCCAAAUAAACCAUCCAGUUCAGUAAGUAGAAUUAUAACG